CCCAGGAGCAAUCGCAAUGGCAGCGCUGGUCCCAGCUCGCCAGAGGUGAAACCUGGAGCUGCCCAGUCCCACGUGAGUGCUGCUGCAUGAGCUCCCACGCCCUGCCAGCUCCCACGGCCCCCUGACACCCGAUGACAGAGCAAGCCAUGGGCAGCGUCCGAGUCAAUCGGUACAGCAUCGUCUCAACCGAAGAGGAUGGACACAAGGUCUCUACGCUGGGCAGCAUGAACGGGCACAGCCGGAACGGGAAGGGCCACGCUCCCCGGCGGAAGCACCGCAACCGUUUUGUGAAGAAGAACGGCCAGUGUAACGUUUACUUUGCCAACCUGAGCAACAAAUCUCAGCGCUACAUGGCCGACAUCUUCACCACCUGUGUGGACACGCGCUGGCGGUACAUGCUGAUGAUCUUCUCUGCCGCCUUCCUGGUCUCCUGGCUCUUCUUUGGCUUCCUCUUCUGGUGCAUUGCUUUCUUCCAUGGUGACCUCAAUGCGCCAGCGGUGGCAGGUAGCCCCUCUCUCCUCAAGCCCUGCAUCAUGCACGUGAACAGCUUCCUGGGGGCUUUUCUUUUCUCAGUGGAGACACAGACAACCAUCGGGUACGGCUUCCGCUGCGUGACCGAGGAGUGCCCGCUGGCUAUCAUGGCAGUUGUGGUGCAGUCCAUCGUGGGCUGCGUCAUUGACUCCUUCAUGAUUGGCACCAUCAUGGCCAAGAUGGCAAGGCCCAAGAAGCGGGCCCAGACCCUCCUCUUCAGCCAUCAUGCCGUGAUCUCCGUGCGGGACGGCAAACUGUGUCUCAUGUGGAGGGUGGGCAACCUGAGGAGGAGUCACAUCGUGGAGGCCCAUGUCCGAGCCCAGCUCAUCAAGCCCUACAUGACGGAGGAAGGGGAAUACCUCCCCCUGGACCAGCGGGACCUAAAUGUGGGCUACGAUGUGGGUCUUGAUCGUAUAUUUUUGGUCUCACCCAUUAUUAUCGUUCAUGAGAUUGAUGAGGAGAGCCCCCUCUAUGGGAUUGGCAAGGAAGAGCUGGAGACAGAGAAUUUUGAGAUUGUGGUUAUUCUGGAGGGGAUGGUGGAAGCCACGGCCAUGACCACACAGGCACGAAGCUCUUACCUUGCUAGCGAAAUCCUUUGGGGUCAUCGCUUUGAACCAGUCGUCUUUGAGGAGAAGAACCACUACAAAGUGGAUUAUUCGCGCUUUCACAAGACAUACGAGGUAGCUGGCACACCUUGCUGCUCAGCCCGGGAGCUGCAAGAAAGCAAGAUGACCAUCCUACCUUCUCCUCCACCUCCCAGUGCCUUCUGCUACGAGAAUGAGCUGGCACUUGUCAGUCAAGAUGAAGACGAAGAUGAUGAUGAAGUGGGUGUGGUGUUAGGGGGCAACACCAAGGAGGAGGGAGGUAUCAUCCAGAUGAUGGAUUUUGGAAGCCACCUGGACCUGGAGCGGCUCCAGGCAACUCUGCCUCUAGAUACAAUCUCAUACCGCAGGGAGUCAGCCAUCUAA